UUGCAUUGAACAUCACCAUUUUUUUUUUAACAAAUGCAUAUAAAAAAAUGCUGUCCACGUGUGCAUUUUUUACUUGUACAUGAAAAUAUUUAGCAAUUAUAUCCAGGUGUUGGAAAAAGCACACACACAAAAUAUAUAUAUUUUCUUUUUUGUUUACACGUGUCAAAUUUGUUUUGGUUUCGUAUUUGUGGUUGUGAAAAAUAAAUAAAAUAAAUAAAUAUAAACAAUAUUGUGAUUAAAUUAUUGUUAACAAUUGAAUAAACUAUAGUAAAAAAAAAAAAAAAAUAAAUAAAUGCCUUCAGGAGCUUUGAGUUCAGCGCCAUCAUCAUCAGUCCAACAAAAUUGUCAACAACAACUAUUGUUUUUUACUCUUUUAUAACAAUUACUCCAAAUUGUCAGUAUAGUAAACUUAUAAGACAUAAUUAUUAGAAUUUUUAUUUUGUUUUGAACAAGGAAUUAAUAACAAUGGUUAAAUUACGUGAAGGUGUUCGUAAAAAUGACGAAUUUAGAAUAAUAAAACAACAAAAUAGCAAAUUAUCAGUCAGAGAAAAAUCACGUAAAUGGGUUUAUGAUAAUUUUUUAUUACAUAAAAAUAAUAAUAAUAAUGAAAAAGUAACUGAAUCAAUGAUUGUAAACUGGGCAGUUGAAGCUAAAAAAAUUUUUAUGUCACCAUCAUCACCAAUGUACAGUUGUCCACCAUCAAAAGAUUGGGUUUCGAAUUUUAAAGCUCACUACAAUAUUACUGGUAAACCAAAAGAUUUACAAAUUAAUCAAACUGAUAAACAAAUAAAACACUCAAAAAGACUUGAUAAAAAAAUAAAUGAGGUUAAAAACAUCCAAGAUGUUGAUGUUGAUAAAAAAGAUGUAUCAAAUUUAUGGAUUGAUAAAUUAAAUAAAAAAGAUCAACAACAAUUUUUAAAAGAAAAAAAAAAAGUUGAAGAUUCAGUAUAUAAUAAAUAUAUUGAAUAUAAAAAAACAAAUAAUAAUAUUAAUAUUAAUUUAAUAAUGUUAUGGGCAAUUGAGGCUAAAAAUAGAUUAUUGUCAAAAAAAUUUUUAUACUCUGAUGAGCCAGUAUCAUCAGCAUGGGUUAAAAAAUUCAUGGAUAAUUAUGAUAUCACUGAUGAAUCAUUAAAUUUAAAUACUUCAAAUAACAAUAAUAACACUAAUAAUAAUGUGGUAAUAAAUAAUUUAAAUAAACAAAAUGAUGGAGUUAAAAAAAAUAUAAGAAAUACAACUGAAGAAGAGCUAUCAAGUUUGACCAUUAAAAAAUAUAUUCCAUAUGAAUUUAAAAAAUUAGUUGUUGAUGCAAGACGUAAAAAUCCAAAUUGGUCAAUUGAGACAAUAAGAAAAAUAACAAAUUGCAAAUUUAUUAUUGAUUUUAAACAAAUUGACAAAUGGGAAAGUCAAGUGUCAAAUAAAUAUAAACCACAUUUUAAAAAAAGACAAAUACAUUUGGCUGUUUAUAAAAAAUGUAUUGAACAUAAAAAUAAAAAUAUACCAAUUAAUUUAUCAAUGCUUGUUGAAUGGGCUAGAGAUGCUAAAAAAAGUAUAUUAUCUAAAUCAUCACCACAAUAUGGAACUCCAAUAUCAAAAAGUUGGGUAUUUAGAUUUAGAAAAAGUUUUGGAAUAACUGGUUCACCAAAUGAUCUUCAAAUACCCAGUGAAAAAGAUUAUAUCAAAAAAUUUAAUGAUAUUCUUAGUAGUGAUGGUAAUAGUAAAGAUGAUGAUGAUGAAGAUGAUGAAGAUGAUGAUGCUGAUGAUGAUGAUGAUGAAGAAGGGGAAGACAUGGUAGAAGAAACUGAUGAUAAAAAUGCUAAUGAAAUGAAUACUAUUUUUAAAUCAUCAAAUGAAAAACCAAUAUUAUCCGGAAGAAAAAAAAUUCAUCAAUGGGUAUUUAAUAAAUGUCUUGAAUAUAAAAAAAAAAGUUAUAAAAUUAAUUUGUCUUUGUUAAAAAAAUGGGCAACAGAAGGUAAAAAAAUGUAUUUAGAAAAAAAUUCAUUGUAUUAUGAUACACCAGUAUCAGAUCAUUGGAUUAAAAAUUUUAAAAAGAAAUAUAAUAUAACUGGUAAAGCAUCAGAUUAUAGAAUAUCAGGUAUUCCAAAUGAUUCGUAUAAAUAUUAUAAUGAAGAUGAUGAUGAUGAACAAGAAGAAGAAGAAGCAGAAGGAGAUGAUGAUGAUGAUGAUGGAGAUGAAGAAAAACAAGCAGAAGAAGAAGAUGAAGAAAAACAAUCAGAAGAAGAAGAAAUGGAUGAUGAUGAUGAUGAUGAACAUGAAAAUUUAAAUGACAACAGCAACAGCAAUGACGAUGAUGAUGAUGAUGAAAAAGAAACACAAAUGAAUCAGUGGAUUUAUCAUAAUUGUCUUGUUCAUACAAAUAAUAAUUUAAAAUUGACAACUGAUAUAAUAUUAAAAUGGGCAAAUGAAGCAAAUAAAAAAUUCAAUAAUAAUGAAAAUAUAUUACUUGAUAAAUCAUCAUUAUGGCUUGAACAAUUUAUGAACUUUUAUGACAUCAAUGGAGAACCAUCGGAUCUUAAAAUAUUAAAUUAUCAAAAUAAUGAUAAUUCAUUUGAUGAGGAUGAUGAUGUUGAUGAUAUUGAUGAUAUUGAUGACUUUAUUGAAGCUGAUAAAAGUGAUAUUACUGCUAAUGACGUUAAUAUGGCUACUGAGGAAGUUGGCAUGGUUUCUGAGGAAGUUGGCAUGGUUGGUAAUGAACCUGUUAUGAUUGCUGAUGAAAUUGACAUGGUUACUGAGGAAGUUAUUGACAGUAGCAUUGAUGCUGAUGAAAUCAAUCAAGUUGAUGAUAAUUAUGAAAUGAAUCAAAUUGAUGAAUAUGAAAUUGAUCAAGUUGAUGAAUUACAAAAUAGUUUAUUACAUAAUACUGUUAAUAAUAAUGAGCCAGUUAAUAAUGAACCUGAAAAAAUUAUGGAACAACAAAAUGAUGGACCUGAAAUAAAUAUUGUUAUAUCUUGUGUUCGUUCAAUUUCAACUGGUGUUGUUUUUUAUCCAGGUUUAACAGUUAAAUAAUAAAACAAGGAAAUUUAAAAUUAAAAAAAUAAUUAAUCUCUUGAUUUUGUUCAAAACAAAUCAAUUUUUUUUUCUUCUUUUUAUCAAGUUACGAAUUAUAAAUACAUAAAACUAUAUAAUCAUGAUGAAAUUAUUAAAAGUAUUAUAAUAUAAAACUUGAUGGUUUGCUUAAAAAAAAAAAAAUUAUUGUCAAUAAAAUAAUAUAUUUCUUGAA